AUGGGAAGACCGAGUGCCUCUGAAACGAACAAGAAGAUCGGGCUUUUGUUUGCCAAUGCGGUGACGGAAGAUACGCAUACGAAAAACAUAUCUUCAUUUCAGAUUGUCGAUCGCACAGGAAGGCUUUCCCUGUUCGAGGCGCUAUCCUCGCUCAUGCCGUCAGCCAUCCGUGACACAAACUCACAUUCGGGAAGGAGCGGGUUGACACGGAUAGAAUUCAACAAGUAUUUGGAGAAGCACGGCUUCUUCAAAGCAAGAUCGAAGAGUCCGUAUGACGAAGAUCAAGAAGAGUCUCGUGGAAGGCGCGUUCAGGGAGUGCGGUAUUAUUUCGUCUACAGGAGAUGGCUCAAUCCACACGAUGCUGCUGACCUCAAACUUCUAGAGUCCAGAUGGGGAAAUCUUGAGCAAUCCCUCUCAGCUGUCGACGGAUCUGUAACUCGUGAAACAUUCGUGUCAAUUUGCCAAACCUUUCAUGACCAAUGGAAAGAAGAGCUUAUGAAGAAAUCCUCUCGUCGAUCAUCUCUGAUGGAGACGCCGUCUUCCAAGUCAGAGCACGAUGAGACGUCAAGCAGCCAAGGCCAGAAGUGGCAUGAGGCCUCUGAGUGUACCUCUAGCACAACUACCGAUCAAGAUUCGGACGACAGUGCCGAAGUAUUGGGUCCUCGGUAUCUUUCUAGGAAGCGAACGUACGACCAGAUGUGCUCGGACUGCAGAGUUCAACAUCAAGUUGAGAGCGUGGACUUUAGCCUUGCAGCAGUCGACAUGGAAGGAGGCCUACAUGAUAACAUGAACCACUAUGACUUCUUCCCAGAAAGCAUGCAGCUUCAUGAAGCAGAUAUCGAGGCCGUGGUUGGCCCCAUUAUUCUCGACAGCAUUCAUGAUUUUGCAAUCGGAAACGAUUUUUUUCUGCAUUCUCAUCACUGA